UUCGAUCUAGCUUUUGGGACAAACUUUCUAGAAAAAUCAAUCUUACUGCCCAAAGUCUCAGUUUACCGUUCUGACGCUAAAGUGUUGACCAAUCGUUCGAUCCCAUUAAUAUUUAUCGAUAAUGCCACCUUACAUGACGCGCCCUACGCACUGAAACCAAUAUGCAAACGAUGCUGACUUUGGAUCCACAUAUAAAAGACAUUCAGAUAGUUUAUCACUAGUUUUUUGAAGAGAUUUUUACCAUAAUUUUCAAAGUUUCCUCAACAAAUAACCACAGAAAGAAAGAAAAACCUUGUAGAAUGGUGAAUUUGCAUCAAGCCUUGUUCUCCCUACUUUUCCUUACUUCGUAUUCUGUUACGACAGGAACGUCUGAUCAGAUCUGGAAUUCUGCGGAAUCAUCAGACACGGACGACUCUAUAGAUAGUGCACAGCGAGUAAAUAAACCUUUAAUAAACUUCUUAUUAACCCAUAAAGACCUACAAAAAGCUGGCAUUCCAGUAACCAGUGCUGAGAAAAGAUUUGGAUUUGCUCCCUUACGAGGAAAAAGGUUCUACAACGAUUUGGAAAUUCCCCCUGUGAGAAACAGUAAACGUGCUCGCUUUUUCGGUCUCCGUGGCAAAAGAGUUCCAAGUCUUGAAGACAAGCUUUCAGAUGAAGAAUUCAAAAGUAUUCUUGGAAGACUAUUGAACGAUGCGUAUGAUUAUUCAACGAAUUCUAUCGAUGCAGAUUCCAGUUUGGAAAAAAGAUUCCGCUUUACAGCUCUGCGAGGGUGAAGACCCAUUCACUCCUAGAAUUCGAGAAAUGGAUAUUUUUACAAAACGUUAUUUACUUAUAGCCUGUUUGUUCGAAGUUUCGGUGCAUCAAUUGAUAAUUCCUACGAUCUUUUUCUAAUGGAGACUAAUGUGUGUUCAACGAAGUGUUUUCACGAAUGAAUACAUUUAAUUGGUUAUUGAAUAUUAGAACUACUUCUAUACGUAAUUCAGGCCUGACGAUUCCAUUUUGAAAAAACCAUAUGAAGAUUUAAAAAAUGAAAAUUGUUAUAUAAAUUUGUUUGUUCAAAAUAAAAUCUGCAUCAAUCUUCAA